UGAAGUUUUCGAUUUCAAUACGGUUGAUUUUUCUAAUGCAAAAUAUUUGCAUUUAUUUUGUCUUUGCAUGAUUUUGUAAGAAAUUAAUAUUUUCUGGUGAAUUACUAUCAGAUAAGAGAUGAAUAAAACUAAAUAUCAAAACUGCUGUGGCUGAUAAUCAAUAUAAUUUGCAUGAUGUUUUUAGCCUUGAUACGUUUUAUGACAUUGGUUUUCAUUUAGUGGGUGAUCUUCAUUAAUUUCCUUCAUGGAUGGAAAUAAAGACGAAAGCGAACAUUGCAUUUCUAUUGCGCAGAAAUACAUUAAUGAGGGCGAUCGUGCUAAAGCCCUCAAGUUUUUAUAUAAGGCUGAAAGAUUAUAUCCAUCGCAGCGCGCUAAAGACCUGAUUGAGUUGCUAGAAAAAUUGAGUGAUUCUGCCAGUGACUCCAGGAAUUACAAUAGUCGAGGGAGAAGUGCAGAAUUUGAGUCAAGUGAGAACAGAACCCGAAGUUCAUCUGCUAGGAGACGUACCUCUGCAAAAGCUGGAGAACUGCAUCUUGACUAUACAGAAGAACAAAUUGAAGCUGUGCAAAGGAUAAAGAAGUGUAAAGAUUUUUAUGAGAUUCUUGGAGUUCCAAAGGAUGCUGGAGACUCGGAGAUUAAAAAGCAGUAUAGAAAACUAGCUUUGCAAUUUCAUCCAGAUAAAAAUAAAGCUCCUGGUGCUACUGAAGCUUUCAAAGCUAUUGGAAAUGCCUUCGCUGUAUUAAGUGAUGCAGAAAAGAGGAAACAGUAUGAUGCAUUUGGUACUUCUGAUAGCAAAAACAUUAGGAGAACACAAUGCCACCGCAAUGCUAGUUAUUAUGAGUAUACUCGAGGAUUUGAAAGUGAUAUAUCUGCUGAAGAAUUGUUUAAUAUGUUUUUUGGAGGUGGUUUUGCCCCUGGAAUGUCUGCAAAUUCGUAUACUAGACGAGCCCAACGACGAUUCCCUACUAGGGAGAGUAAUACAUCUCGGCAGGAGGCAAACUACUCUGUGAUGAUGCAGAUGCUACCAAUUCUCUUUCUUGUUAUUCUUUCUGUUUUAACAAGUUUUUUCAUUGCUGAUCCAGCUUAUAGUCUUACUAAAUCACUAAAAUAUCCAUAUGAGAAGCGGACAAGUAACCUGAGGGUUCCAUAUUAUGUAAAAGAAAACUUUGCCUCUGAAUACCAGGGCAGUGUGCAAAGAUUAGAAGCCCAAGUAGAAGAAGAAUAUAUUGCUAAUCUAAGAGGUUCCUGUUUCAAGGAAAGAAAUUACAGAGAAAGUAUGAUUUGGAGAGCUAAAAAUUUCCGUGACCGCCUUUUAGAAGAGAAAGCCAAAUCUUUGAAGACUCCUUCAUGUGACGCCUUAAAUGAGCUCUAUAAUAGUGAAAGAGUGUGGUGAAUAAUCUUUAUUUGUUUACAAAUCCCAAAAUAGUAACCUGGAGUUGCCUUCAUCACAUCACGUUUGACUUUUAUAAAACUACAAUAUGCUGACAUUCUUCUAUUGAUUUAACUGUCCAUAUUGUGGUGGGCCUUCCCUUUUAUGGAACCUGCUUUUCUUAUUGUAAUUUAACAUUCUAUAUCUUUUUCCUUCUUUUAUUUACUUGAGGUCUAUGGAAUUAUAAUAUGUGAUAGUAUUGUGUCCUGUUCGUGAGAAUGGCUAUUAUGAUAUUUUCAGUAUUUAUUGAAAGUUCCCAAUGCCAUAUUACUUUUAUAAUAAGAAAAGAAUCUUAUGGUGUUGUUAAGCCAAUAUAUUAACAUUAGAAGUUUUUGUAAUAAUGACAAAAAUAUUUUUAUUCAUAUAUAUAUGAUAUCCUUAGCAAUAAGUAUGAUAAUGUUUUCAAAUAUUCUUAUCUUUUGUAAACGAUUCUGGUAUGCAUCAUUUAUUAUUUUCUAUUUUUGCAAAAUUAACUAAGUUUCAUUUACUAUAGCUAAAUGAAAUCAAAUAAUACUCCAUUUUUUUUUUUCUAUUUAUACACAAUGCCAAGCAUACCUACUAUGGAAUAUGUUAAAUUACAGAUAAAAUUAAGUUCAUAUAGUUUUGAAAUUAUUGCUUUAUAGAAUUUUGAAUUUCAUACUUUAAGAUAUUUUGUGGAUUUUUUUAAAGAUAUUGUGCUUUUUUAUUAUUUAAUCAUUUUUUAUGAAUGAUAAUGAUCUUUUUAUCAAUUUUCUGUAUGGAAACUCAAAAUAAUGGAUCAUUAAACCCCACCUGAAUAUGGUUUUUCUAUGGCUGAUAUGUGUAUAGUACUCAUCACGGUGAUAAAUUCUUUAAAUUUAUUUAUUUGUUUAUUUAAUAUGUGUUUUGCACUUAUUGUUUUCUACAAAGUCUCAAAGAAAUGUUAGUGAUGAGAUUUUCUAUUACCCAGUGUGCACAAAAAUAGAAGGUUUAUUUAUUAUUAUUAUUUGUGAUAAUAUGGAGAUAAGAGUUCAAAAUUUUUAUGACAGCCUUAUAAAUUUUGAAUUUUUAUCUUUUAUACUGAGUUCAUAACUAAUUACAAUUGCUUUUUGAUGAUUUCUAUGCAAUAAUUAACAGUCUUGGAUAAUGGAUUUUUUUAAAAAAAUCAUCUUUGAGAAGCAUUUGCUUUUUCAUUAUUCUUUUUGAUCUUAUAAGCAUUUACACUUUAAAUACAAUUUUUUUUUAAAAAUAUUUAUCCUACUUUAUAUUAAAAAAAAUUUGGCAAUUUUAUUUCUUUAAUAAAAUAGUUAUUAUUUAGAAAUACACAUUGAGUUGUAAGAAAAUUAUGGAUAGUCUUCUUUACAUCACUUCAUAUUCAACAAAAUUUUAAUGAUUAUUUACUAGUGCAAGUAACUUUUUAGGAAUUUGAAUUUUGAACUUCUGUGAACACAAAAGUUUACAAUGUGGAAUGUUAAUUUGAAUCCUUGUAUGGGGUAGUAUCUCAUUUGAGAUCUUUGAAGUACUCUUUCAGUUUAAUCUUGAGUCUAAAUAUAUGUUUAUUUUAUUGGCAUUUAGUGAAAUACUGAUAGAAGCAUAUUAACUAUUCCCAGGAUCACUUUCAGAUGUUUUGAAAAUAUUUAUAAAUAAACAUUAUCAACUUUUAAAAUAUGAGUAAGCUUUUUUCUUUUUUUUUUUUUUUUUUUUUUGCCAUCUAUAAAGUUAUUAGAAAUGUCAGAUUUAUAAAAGUAUGGGUUGGAAAUGGAUAUAUUGUAAAUUGAAAAUGACUAUCAUUGUCAUAAUUAUGUUGGUUUAAAACAUAACAAUUAAUAGUGAAAAAGUAGUUUUUUCCUCCUAAAAUAAUAAAAUGUUAGUGACUAUGUACUCUGUAUUUUUUUUAAAAAAAUAAUCUUUUAGUAAAAUGUUUAUCCCAAACUAUAACAUUUACCUUGUUUGAUACAGAAUUUGACUUUUUUUUAAAAAAGCUAACUUUGUCCUUUUAAUAUUCAUAUAUAUCUUGGAUGUGUGUAAUUUAUUUUCUAUUCAGAAUCAAAUGAACAACCAAAAAAGAUAUGAAUAUAUAUAUAUAUAUAUAUAUAUUUAAUUCAUGGAUUUGUUUUGAUAGCAUUAUAACUAAUGAACCCGUUGAUAUGUUAAGUGUUGAGUAUUUUAGUUACACUGAUUAUUUGCAUACUGUUACUACUUUACUGAAUUAUUUUAUUUAUUUUUGUUUUCUUGAAAACUUUCUUCAUUCGUCUAAUAAGAUUAGAUGCUUAACACAACAAUCAACUCACAUUUCUGCUCUCCGCCCCAAUAUUGUGAAGAUGUGAAAUUUCAGCAUCUUUUGUCAUGAAUUGUCAGAAAACAUUUUCAUUUUUUUUUCUUGCACCUCCUCCUCUUUUCAGAAUGUUACAUUUAAUGAAUUUUGUUUGAUUCACAUUUUCCUUUAAAAGUGUAUUGUAACAAUCAUAUUGUUGUGAAUGUACAUAUUGUAUUCAAUAAUAACUUUUGUAUACAUUUUGUAUCUACUGAACUUUUUGUUUUCAUUUUUAUAGUAUUACAUGUUUCUCCAAACUGUUAUAUUAUUCUUCGAUGGAUAUAUUAUUUUGUAAGUAAAAAGAAAAAUAACUGGUAAAAAUUUUCGACGUUCUUAUCGUAUAAAUGGAUAAUUGUAUUUGUAUGAAAAUCGUAAAUAGUGAAAAAGUCCUUUUUAAAAAAAUAUUAUUCCUUGAUAUUUUAAAUUUUAUCAUUCUUUAAUUUUUAUAUUUUAUAUUAUUUUUUGUUAUAGUUCCUAGCUCUUUAUUUCAUAGCUAAUUAGCACCGAACAAUUGUACUUACACAUAUGCUUUCCGUAUAAUCAAGAACUGAGAUGAACUGAUGACGAAUUCAAAUGGAAGAAAUAUCUGUUUUAUGAUAUAACAGAAAUUUGUAUCAGUUAUGAAUAUGUUCUCUCAGUCUGCAGAGAAGUCAUAUCUUUAAACACUAUCUUCUUUCAAUUAAAGACAUUUCACACGAUUAUAUAUCGAGAAUCCUUAUUUCUCAAUCACCCAGUCUUUAAUAAGGCAAUAGGAAUCUAUAAAAAUUAUGAAAGUAUGUUUCAAGAAACUAAGUCAGAUAUUUCUCUUUAUAUGCUUUUCAUAAAUUUCUAGGAUUAUUUAGCCUUUUGACUUAAAUGAUUAGAGGGUUGAUUGUAAAGAGAUACAAUGUAAAGAUGCAAAAUGAUUCCUAAAUAAACAAGCUAUUUUUUUC